AAUGGAUCUACCCCCGGACAAGGCGAAGCUGCUGAAAAACUAUGACAACGAAAAGAAAUGGGAUAUCAUUUGUGAUCAGGAAAUGGUUCACGCAAAAGACCCUCCAGCACACUAUCUCAUCAAACUGCGAACCUAUCUGGAUCCGAAGGCUUCCCGGAGUCAUCGGAAACGCAAAAUGGUCGGCGAAUCGACCUCGACCCAGGUCCUGCGGGAUCUGGAAAUAUCGUUGCGCACAAACCACAUCGAAUGGGUGAAGGAGUUUCUGGACGACGAAAACCAGGGCCUGGACGCCCUGAUUGAUUAUCUCAGUUUCCGGUUGGCGAUGAUGCGACACGAGCAACGGAUACAGGAAACCAAAACGGAAUCGGACGAGGGUCUGAACCCGAAGGAUACGACCAUCACGUCGUACGGUAGUAACGAAACCAACAACAAGCUGGGUUUGAAUGGGUUUAUGCGGCCAGGGCUGGGCGAUAUGAUGGACAGUCCGAGUAUCCGGCGGAGGUCCCGGCACAUAGCGAAGCUUAACAUGGGAUUGACUACCGAUGAUAUUCACGUGUGUAUAAUGUGUAUGAGAGCGAUCAUGAACAACAAGUACGGCUUCAACAUGGUGAUACAGCAUCGGGAAGCGAUCAACUGUAUAGCGCUAAGCUUAAUCCACAAAUCGCUGAGGACGAAAGCGCUAGUACUGGAGCUAUUGGCAGCGAUCUGCCUAGUCAAGGGUGGUCACGAAAUCAUAUUGUCGGCAUUCGACAACUUUAAGAAGGUGUGCUCCGAGCAACGUCGUUUUCAGACGCUGAUGGAGUACUUCAUGAACUACGAAUUGUUCAAUAUCGAUUUUAUGGUAGCUUGCAUGCAGUUUGUAAAUAUUGUUGUACAUUCCGUAGAAGAUAUGAACUACAGGGUGCAUUUGCAGUACGAGUUUACUGCGCUAGGAUUAGAUGAAUAUUUGGAGAAGCUUCGAUUAACCGAGUCCGAAGAGUUGCAUGUCCAAAUUUCGGCCUAUCUCGAUAAUGUGUUCGACGUAGCUGCCUUGAUGGAAGACAGCGAAACGAAGACUGCCGCCCUCGAGAGGGUCAACGAAUUAGAAGACGAACUAGGACGUGCCUUAGAUCAGGCUAGUGAAAUCGAACGGGAAGCCCUGUUCAAAAUCGGAGAACUAGAGUCAGAACUGAGUCAAACUCGGGUCGAACGUGACGACCUUCUAAACAAACAACGAACCGUAGAAGAGGAAAUUAUCAAACUAAAACGAGCUCUCAAAGAGCACGAACAAGAAUCCAAAAGUCGCCAGUCGAUGCUUUUGGAGUUCGAGAAUCUCACCCGAACGCUACCAAAAGGAACCUCCAUUGCCGAUGUAUCGAAUCUACUCGCCAAAGGUGGUAAACUCUCCGAACUCAGUCCGACGAGUAAUGGCGGAGAAAGUGCUCCACCUAUACCUCCACCUCCUGCACCGCCAGCGCCACCUGUUGCUCCGACACCUCCCCCACCACCAGCACCCCCAGCAAUGCCCAAUCUCAACGGCAAUGCCCCGCGAGCUCCUCCUAAACCACCGUCCUUCAUUCCACCACCUCCGGCUGGUCCCGGUGGGUUCAUGAACUUGAGCGGAGCCAUCCACUGUACCGAUGGAGCCAUGACCAUCAAACGUAAAGUGCAAACCAAAUACAAACUUCCGACGCUAAACUGGGUAGCUCUGAAACCCAACCAGGUACGAGGCACGAUAUUCAACGAGCUGGAUGACGAAAAACUCCAUCGACAGAUCGACUUCAACGAAUUCGAAGAGCGCUUCAAGAUCGGCAUGGGCGGCCCUCUGAGCAACGGAAACUGCGACAACAUGGAUGGCCUCUCGACAUUCCCCAGCAAGCGGUUCAAGAAACCAGAGCACAUCUCACUGCUCGAGCAUACGAGGUUACGAAAUAUAGCAAUCUCUCGCCGCAAGCUGGAAAUGCCGGCCGAGCUGGUCAUCAAGGCGAUCAACAACUUGGAUCUCAAGCAGUUGUCGUUGGAAAACGUCGAACUACUGCAGAAGAUGGUCCCGACCGAUCAGGAGCAGAAAAUGUACAAAGAAUAUGUGAUAGAGAAGAAAGAUCUGAACCUGCUGACCGAGGAGGACAAGUUUAUGCUGCAGCUGACCAAGGUGGAACGCAUCUCUUCGAAGCUAUCGAUCAUGAACUACAUCGGCAACUUCUUCGACAGCUUGCAUCUGAUCAAUCCGCAAAUCUAUGCCAUCAUUUCGGCUUCCUCGUCGAUAAAAUCUUCGAAAAAGUUCCGUUCCCUGCUGGAAAUCAUCCUGGCCUUCGGAAACUACAUGAACAGCAGCAAACGAGGUCCGGCCUACGGCUUCAAACUGCAAAGCCUAGAUACCCUGCUCGAUACCAAGUCCAACGACAAGCGGAUGAGCCUGAUGCACUACAUCGUGGCGACCAUUCGACUCAAGUUCCCGGAGCUGAUCAACUUCGAUUCGGAGCUGUUCUGUGUGGACAAAGCGGCCCAGGUAUCGCUCGAGAUACUGAUCUCGGACGUGAACGAGCUGGACAAGGGUAUGGAGGCGGUCCGAAAGGAGGCCGAUUUGCGGGGCAAGGGUACCCAGAACCAUGUGCUGCGUGAUUUCCUCAAUAACUCGGAAGAGAAGCUGAAGAAGAUCCGAACCGACUGUAAAACGGCGCAGGAUUCGUUCAAAGAGUGCAUCGAAUAUUUCGGUGAAUCAUCGAGGAAUGCGGAUGCCAAUGCGUUCUUUUCGCUACUAGUCCGGUUUACCAGAGCUUUUAAGACAUGUGACCAGGAGAACGAGCAACGGCGCCGACUGGAGCAAGCGGCCCUGCUAGCCGCCAGCAAGAAGGACGAAGAGGAGCGAGUGGUCCUGAGGAACAACAAGAUCAACCAGAAGAAGCAACAGGAAGCGGUCAUCAACGAGCUCAAAAGCAAAACCAACUCGGUCCGGGAGAAGAAGCUGCUGCAGCAGGACGAGGUCUACAACGGGGCCCUCGAAGACAUCCUGCUCGGGUUGAAGAACGAACCGUACCGGAGGGCCGACGCCGUCAGACGCAGCCAGCGGCGCCGGAUCGACAGCAAUCGGCUCAGCCGCACCAUGGAGGAGAUGGAAUUUUAAGAGGAACUAUUGCUAUACUAUACAAUAUAUUUUUUGAAACAUUGUGAUCAUAAAUCGACCCAGAUAGCGCACACACAAGCAUUCUCAAACACACAAAGACUCUCUUGAUUGUUUUCGUCUCGUAAAUUUUGGAUUGAUGUAAAUAUUAUUUUUCGGGCCAACGUUUAUUGAAGUCUUCUUUGCUUCCUUUUGUUGUAAAUAUAGGAUGAAAAUUAUUUAGUCAGAAAAUUUGACCUAGGUUCAGUAACUGCUACGAAUAAAAAAAAAACAGUUGAAGACAUUACCUACACAUAAAUAUUUGGUCAGCUCUCGAAAGGAAGUCGUUGUUAUUUUGUCUAAUUGUAAGUAGAUUUUUGUUAACUUUAUACAUUGCUUUACUAUUACUGUGCCGUUUUUAGUAAAACAUAUCUCUGUGUACAUGUUUUUGGAAAUACAUACAAUAAAACUAUUAUUAGCAUAUCCUAUAGCGAUUUAGGGUACGGAGUAAUGACAUUUUCAUUUACAUGACUCUUUACGUACACAUUUUAAAAAUACACACAAAAUAAUGGAAAUUUCUGA